AUGAGGGCGUGCGUCGCCUGCCUCUGUAUAUAUAUAUAUCCAAAUACAAUGUUCCGAAUGCAGCAUUCUGUGCUCGUGCGUUGCACGUGAUGCGCAACUGCGCUUAGCAAUCAAACUAUUUAUAGUAAAUCUCCUUAAAAUUACCUCAUAUCUUAGUUAUUUUUAAAGGUUCGUUAUUUUACUAUAAAUUUUAUUUUCAAUUACUAUGUCAGUGGCACGGUAAAUAUUUAUAUUUAUUUUUUACAGGAGAUAUUAGUAAACUAAUAAUGGCUUAUUUGCAAUCGAUGCCCAAAUCUGAAACAAUCAAGCUUCGGGAGAAACAUAUUGGCGCCGCUUGCCAACUAUUUUUCCGAUCGAGCCCCUUGAAAAUUGUGAGGGGUAUCGCUCAAUUCAUGUACGAUGAGUCUGGUGAAAGAUAUCUCGAUUGUAUAAACAACGUAGCGCAUGUUGGCCAUUGUCAUCCGCAUGUAGUAGAAGCAGGUAGAAACCAAAUGUCAUUGAUAUCGACAAAUAAUCGAUAUUUACACGACGAGCUGGUGAUUCUCGCCAAGAGGCUCGUGAGGACGAUGCCUGGUCCACUAUCUGUGUGCUUCUUUGUUAACUCGGGCUCUGAGGCUAAUGAUCUGGCUUUAAGGCUCGCUCGGAUCCACACCAAAAGGAAAGACGUCAUCACACUUGACCACGCGUAUCACGGCCAUCUUACUUCUAUGAUUGAAGUAUCUCCCUACAAACUGAACCUUCCCGGUGGGCCCGAGAAGCCAGAAUGGGUUCACGUGGCACCAGUGCCAGAUGUGUACAGAGGAAAGUACACUUAUCCUAAAGAUUCCAAAUCCGAAGAGGAAUUAGGGAAGAUGUACGCGGAUGAAGUGGGAAAAUUGUGCCGAUUGGCGGAAAGUAAUGGUCGUGGUGUGUGCGCGUUCAUAGCAGAAAGCCUACAAAGUUGUGGUGGGCAAAUAAUUCCGCCUCAUGGCUACCUAAGCAAUACAUACAAACAUGUACGUGAAGCAGGAGGUGUUUGCAUCGCUGAUGAGGUGCAGGUCGGCUUCGGUCGCGUGGGCACCCAUAUGUGGGCCUUCGAGACUCAGGACGUAGUUCCCGACAUCGUCACAGUCGGCAAGCCUAUGGGAAAUGGCCACCCUGUCGCCGCUGUCAUUACAACACCAGAAAUAGCCAAGAGUUUCGCCGACACUGGCGUGGAAUACUUCAACACGUACGGAGGCAACCCUGUAUCCUGCGCUAUAGCCAACGCAGUUCUCGACGUGAUUGAAGAAGAGCGUCUUAUGGAGCGUGCAUUUAGGGUGGGGAAUCAUUUAUUGGCAAGAUGCGAGAGCCUAAAGCAUCGGCAUCGGCUAGUUGGAGAUGUUCGCGGUAGAGGGUUGUUUGUCGGAGUAGAACUGGUCACCGAUAAAGAGAAAAGAACACCGGCAACUGCUGAAGCAAAACACGUUAUAAAUAGAAUGCGAGAAGAGAAGAUCCUUAUAAGCCGAGAUGGACCUGAUAGCAAUGUGUUAAAAUUCAAGCCUCCUAUGGUGUUCAGUACUCAGGAUGCUGACCGUCUAGUGGACACUUUGGAUAGAGUGCUUGCUGAGUUAGAUGGCACAAGAAUCUCCAAUAUGACUCUUGAGGUACGCGUUACUCCACUCGACGAUACUUCUGAUAAAGAUGUGUUACGAAGUAAUGCUCAGCAGGCAAUGAAAGCUAUAUGAUAUAAUUUUAUAAGUAUCGAAUAACUCGAUAUACCUAAAUAAUGCAAUUCAAUAACCAUCGAAGCGUAAACUUAAUGAAAUUUGUU